AUAAAUCUCGCAUAACACAAACUAAAGUACCAACCCUUCCUGAAUACUGCCCGCUGCCACUGUUUCUCCGAUCACCAAUUCACCACUCCGGUCACCACCUCCGAUCCCACUCCCCACCGUUACAGCCACCACAAUCAACCACCAAUGACGUCAUCACCGCCACCAAUAGACUCCGAACAACUCAACUCGUCAUCCUCCAUACAAUUCGGCACACCAGAAGCCCUAACACACGUCCAAACCCUAACCGACGUCGGAACAAUGACUCGUCUCCUCCACGAAUGCAUCGCCUAUCAACGAAACCUAGAUCUGCAACUCGAAAACAUCCUCUCACUCCGUCCAGAUCUCGACAAACACCUCACAUUUCUUCAAAAAUCAGCCGACGUACUCGAAAUUGUCAAGGCAGAAUCGGAUCACAUGUUGUUGAACGUCGAUUCGACUUGCGUUCUCGCAGAUCAGGUCUCAGGUAAGGUUCGCGAACUCGAUCUGGCUCAAUCUCGUGUUAAUGAAACCCUAGAUAGAAUAGAUGCGAUUGUAGAACGUUCGAAUUGUAUUGACGGUGUUCAGAAGGCGUUAGAGAGUGAGGAUUUUGAAUCGGCUGCGAGUUUUGUGCAAACGUUUGUGAAAAUUGAUGCCAAGUAUAAGGAUUCUGGUUCGGAACAGAGAGAGAUGCUGUUUGAUGCAAAGAAGCGGUUGGAGGCGAUUGUGAGACGGCGGUUAGCGGCGGCGGUGGAUCAGCGGGAUCAUGCUGGGGUUUUGAGGUUUAUUCGGCUUUACUCGCCACUGGCGUUGGAGGAGGAAGGAUUGCAGGCGUAUGUUAGUUAUUUGAAAAAGGUGAUUUCAGUUAGGUCGAAAGUUGAGUUUGAGCAGUUGGUGGAGUUUAUGGAGGUGAAUCAGAGUCAGGUGAAUUUUGUUGCGUGUUUGACGAAUUUGUUUAAGGAUAUCGUGUUGGCGAUUGAGGAGAAUGAGGAGAUUUUGAAGAGUUUGUGUGGUGAGGAUGGGAUUGUGUAUGCUAUUUGUGAGCUUCAAGAGGAGUGUGAUUCUAGAGGUUCUAUGAUUUUAAAGAAGUAUAUGGAGUUUCGUAAGUUGUCGAAGUUGACAUCGGAAAUCAAUUCGUAUAAGAACGAUAUGCUGUCUUCUGGGGAAGAAGAAGGGCCGGAUCCCAGAGAAAUCGAGUUGUUUCUGGAAGAAAUAUUGUCACUUACGCAGCUCGGUGAGGACUAUACGGGGUAUAUGGUUUCGAAGAUAAAGGGGUUGAGUCACGUUGAUCCGGAAUUGACACCUCGUGCUACUAAAGCUUUCAGGAGUGGGAAUUUUAGCAAAGUUAUUCAAGAUAUAACUAGUUAUUACGUGAUAUUGGAGGGAUUCUUCAUGGUUGAAAAUGUCAGGAAGGCUAUAAAGAUUGACGAGCAUGUAAUGGACAGCCUGACAACCUCCAUGGUUGAUGACGUGUUUUAUGUUUUACAGAGCUGCUGUCGUAGGUCGAUAUCCACGUCCAACAUUAAUUCAGUUAUUGCAGCGUUGAGCAGUGCUGUAAGCUUGCUUGGUGGCGAGUAUAAUGAUGCUUUACAGCAGAAAAUGAGGGAGCCGAAUCUUGGAGGAAAGCUGUUCUUGGGUGGCGUUGUGCAGAAGACAGGAGUCGAUAUUGCUACUGCGUUGAAUAACAUUGAUGUGAGCAGCGAGUAUGCGUUGAAACUGAGACAUGAGAUUGAAGAACAGUGUGCUGAGGUAUUUCCAGCUCCAGCUGAUAGAGAAAGAAUCAAAUCAUGUCUAUCUGAAUUGGGAGAGAUGAGCAACGGGUUCAAGAAAGCCUUAAAUGCCGGGUUAGAACAGCUUGUCGGUACAGUCACACACCGAAUCCGACCCGUUUUAGACAGUGUUGCAACCGUCAGCUAUGAGCUUUCAGAAGCAGAAUACGCAGAAAACGAGGUAAACGAUCCAUGGGUCCAGAGGCUUCUUCAUGCUGUUGAAACCAACACGGGCUGGCUCCAGCCUUUAAUGACCGCCAACAACUACGAUUCUUUUGUCCAUUUGGUGAUCGACUUUAUUGUAAAACGGCUUGAAGUUAUCAUGAUGCAAAAACGGUUCAGUCAGCUUGGAGGUCUGCAACUGGACCGAGACGUGAGGGCUCUGGUUAGCCAUUUCUCUGGCAUGACCCAAAGGACCGUUAGAGAUAAGUUCGCCCGGUUAACCCAAAUGGCAACGAUUCUUAACUUGGAGAAGGUGUCCGAGAUUUUGGACUUCUGGGGUGAGAAUGCGGGGCCCAUGACUUGGAGACUGACUCCGGCCGAGGUGAGGCGGGUUUUAGGUAUGAGGGUUGAUUUCAAACCCGAGGCCAUAGCGGCUCUUAAGUUGUGAUUUUUGGUUUCUUUAAAAGAUAUUCAAUUCAAUUUGUAACAAGUACAUUGUUCAUAUGCCAUUAUCCAGGCUUGUAGUACCUUUUACUAUAUAAACUAUACUUGUACCUUGUUUUACUU